AUGCGCUUCUCACUUCUCGUCGUCGCCACCACCGCGCUCACGGGCGCCCAGGCCGCCGUACCGCGUGCAGUCAAGCCAAUCACCGGAACCCAGGACAUAGCCCGAGGUCUCCUCCACCACUCCGGCUCGGAAGCAACCGUGGACGCGUGUGCCAGGUCGUACUCGCCGCCGUCAGACUCCAACGCUGAAGGGCCUUCCUCCAAGCUGCGUCGGGCAGGGGAAGAACCAGAGUCAGCAAAGAGAACGGGCGAGAAAGAAGGUACGGUCAAAAGAGGCACGAUUUAUAGAGGGAACCCCUACAUCUGCGUGGCAUGCGAUGGCUCUCAUGACAAGUGCAAUUGCGAAGAAACGUGGGCACCCCUGGGCUCCAGGUGCUGGAUCCCUGCGGAGGAGGACGGGCAAUGCUCGUGUCCCGGGUAA